UUUUUAAAAUUAUUUUUAGAAUAAUCUUUUUAAUCUUUAUAAUGUUUACAACUACAGCAUCAGAAGAAUGUAAAGAAGACACUUCCAAAUCACAAACAGCAGAAAUUUUCGAUCCUCUUAAUCCAAAAUUAACACUUCAAACUUCCAAUACAUUCUUUUCUGGAAUGCAAAAACUUCGACUUAGUCAACUCUCAGCAAACCGACUUUUGUCUAUGCAGAAAAAUGAAAAUGAGGAAGGAUGGGCAACAAUGGCUGUAAUGGUUGAACGUAGUGGAUGUAAAAAGAGUGGAAAUGGAAAUGAAUAUAUUAUUUGGAGAAUGUCAGAUCUUAAGGAUUUGAAUGCUGUUUCUGUUAAGGUUCUUCUUUUUGGUGAUUGUUUUCGACAAUAUUGGAAGUUACAACCGGGCAAUACAUUUUUCUUAAAUAAUCCUCAAGUAUGUGAACCUUCUGCAAAUAAUAACACUUCUACUCGACAAAAUGAAUUAACGCUAAAACUCUUCAAGCCUGGUCAGUUAAUUGAAGUUGGUUUUUGUCCAGAUCUUGGCAGGUGUCAGGGCCGAAAAGCAUCUGAUGGAGAUCAGUGUUCCAAUUUUGUCAAUAUUUCUCGUUCACUUUAUUGCCCUUUCCAUAUACAACAACGAGCUCGUCAAGUUGCUGCCAAACGAGGGACAUUGAAUCGUACAGCCAAUUUACCUACAAAAGAGUAUAGACUUCAAUCAAAGGGGCAAUCACCACAAAAAGAACGACCGCCUCCAGAGCUUGUUUUGAUAAAACGUCGAAAAUCUUUGGCUGAAGAAAAGGGCAAAAAAUUUAUAAUGCCUAUGUCAGCAAGUAGAAGAGCUUCCCUUAGGAACACGUCGUUAAAUGAAUCUUUAACAAAAAUUGAUCCAGAACUUGAAAAGCAAAACAAACAAAUUGAAAAGCUUAUUUCUGAAAAUCCCUUCCAUCUUGGCUCAAAAAAUCUUCGAAUAAUGAGACAAAGAUUGUCCCAGUCUUCAAAUAAAGAAAAUAUUGACCCAAAAGCAAAUGCUGCAAAACCAUCGGAGUCUGCCAGUAAUCGUUCACUUUCUUCAAUGCGCGAUUUUAUUCAAACUCAACAAAAUUCAAUUCAUCUUACAAAUAGUUCGUCAAAUACUCGAGACAAACAAUCAAUUUUAUUGGCGGACUCAAAAAAUGUUUUGAAUUCCAAUGAAUUAAAUAAAUUGAAAAGAGCAGCAGAAAUAUUUAAAGCGGGAAAUGGAGGAGCAAGUUAUAAUGGAAAUAAACGUCAAAAAUUAGAGACAACAGCCGAACAAUCUUGUCAACAAAUAAAGAAAAAAGGAGGGUCUCUUUUGGGUGGAACUUUUACAGAUGAACAAUUAAAUUCUUUGUUAAAUAAAAAAUCUAGUUAUGAACAUGAAGCUGAUCAGGACCAAUUAAAUCGCCAAAAUCUUUAUUUUGAUCGUCGUGAAGUCGAAGAACAAAUUGAAACAAAUGCAACUUCUUUAAUGGAAAUUCGUGGUUGUAAAGUGGUUACGUGUACACAAUGUGAUUAUACCAGUGUUAAUCAAAGUACUUAUUGCAAACUUUCGGGACAUCAAAUAAAACGACAUGUGGCUGAUAAAAGAUUCUUUAAAUGUAUGGACUGUAAACGUCGAGUAAUUUGUUACGAAAAAAUGCCAUUAAAGCCUUGUUUGAAUUGUAAAUCAACUAAAUAUAUUCGUGUAGCAAUGUGUGAUGAACGUAAAGUAAUUUUGGAACAAGAAAAAUUAAAAAUUAAGGAAGUUGAAAGAAAUUUUUCAACAACUAGUGAAGCAACGUUGUUCCAAUUCAAUCGAAUUAUUAUUUCAAUUAGACUUCAGUCUAAUCUUCCCAAUAGGAAUGCAAAUUUGGCAUCAAAUCCACAAUCUUUUCGUAAUUUAGGCAGACAGGAUCAGCAAUCAAUUGAUCGUCGACAAAUAUUGCAGCAGAGACCACCAACUCUACUGAAUGCAAAUAAACAACCGUAUGAAGGCCGACAGUCAAAGCCACCGACUUUAUCGUUUUGGAAUAUUGACAAACGUCAACAAUUGGAAGUUCAACAAAUUCAGCCACAAUCUAGCAACAAAUCUACUAUUUAUUUAGAUGACCGAAUGUUGGAGUUGACAAUAGGCAAUAGAUUCGAAGAACCAUUAUUGAAUAUUGAUGAAUAUAAUUUGAAGCCCUCAAUUAGUGAUGAUCCUCAUGAAAAAUCUGUAUUUCAAAAAAGGCUUGGAUUUAUUCAUAUGCCAGUUAAACAAGCUCGUUUACUUAUUCAACGUAUUUACAAAUUAUCAGAAAUAAAAUUUCAGAUAGACAAAUCUUUAACAUUACUUUCAAUGGACCGUUGGACAGAAACUCCAUUAGAGAAUGGAUUAUUGCAACAAUUAUAUACAUAUAAAAUACCUGGAAUACUUUUUGGAGAUUUUCAGCAAACGUUUUAUUUGAGCGUUCUACAAUUUAAGGCUCUUCGCCAUUCAGAAGAUAAAACAUCACUCAACAAAAAUUCAAAAGAAUCAAUCACUUUCGAGCAAGAAUUAACUAAAAAACCAUUCAUUUAUAUUUCACAACAUUCUCUUAAACCAAAUAUUUACCAUCUUUGGGAUCAAGGUGUUUUUGUAAUUGAAGUGCCAAUUAAAAAGAUUUUUGAAUUGGCUUGUAAGAUUGAUGCACUUUUGUCGAGUUCAAAUGAGGUUUUAAAGCAUGAAAAGGCUGAAGAAGAAAAAGAGAAAUUAGUUCCUCCAAAACCCCGCUUUAAUUUUAACAAAGAAGAUCCAAUCUCUUAUUUUGCUACGCCACUUGAUACACCCCGUGUGGUUAAGGAAAUCAUUCAUCGCCCUUCAACUGUUGAUCAAAGGCUUGAUAGGCCAAAAAUGGAAAAAGAAUUGGAUAAAACACCAAAAAUAUUUUAUCAAAAAAUUAACCGUUCUAUCCCGCAACAAAAUCCUGAACGAAGUUAUACCCGUCCAAACCAAUCUGGCAACGCCAGCAUUUUCUCAGAGAAAUUAAAGGAGGCUAUUACGAUUCGGAAUGCUAUGGGGGGAAAUAUUCGAGACCGUUAA